UCUGACCAGAAUCCUUGCCUUCAGGAGCCGAGAGCCCAGAAGCGGGGAGAAGUUGGAGAGGUUAGGCAGGGGGGUGUUGGAAGAAAUUGCGGACAGACCCUCGCCCUGGUAGGCUAAGUCCCCGAGGAGUGUUUCUGCCGCGUCCGGGCCGUGUGUGGACGCGCCGCGCGCGGCCCCGCCAGGGCUGGGAGUUUGUAGACCGUCCCUGCCGCGGCCCGCUCGGCGGCGGCCCUGCGGCUCCGGCGGCACCCGCGGCGGCCCCGGGCGCGAUCCAACCCAGGUAGCCGCGCCGCAGGCUCGGGGCGCCGCGACCCCGUGCCCCGCCGUGUCGUGGGCCCCGCGGGGACAGCGGCUGGCGGGCGCUCCCUGCUGCUACUGCUGCUGCUCAACAAGGAGGAGUGAUUACUGUUCUGAAGUGAGCAUUGGAGGAGAAUCCACUAGGCCAUCAGAAUGGAAAUGAGGAAAGGAAAUCAGCUGACGCAGGAGCCGGAGUGAGACUGACGUGCCCACAAACCCAGCCUGCACCAUGAACUUGUGUCUCCCUUCUGCGCUUUAAGAGCCAAGGGCAGGUGAAGUUGCUGGAGAGCAAUGGCUUUCUUUACUCCGUGGAAGUUGUCCUCUCAGAAGCUGGGCUUUUUCCUUGUGACUUUUGGCUUUAUCUGGGGUAUGAUGCUCCUGCAUUUUACCAUCCAGCAGCGAACUCAGCCUGAGAGCAGCUCCAUGCUGCGUGAGCAGAUCUUGGACCUCAGCAAGAGGUACAUCAAGGCGCUGGCAGAAGAAAACCGGAAUGUGGUGGAUGGGCCAUACGCCGGUGUCAUGACAGCUUACGAUCUGAAGAAAACACUUGCUGUGCUUUUGGAUAAUAUCUUGCAGCGCAUUGGCAAGUUAGAGUCAAAGGUGGACAAUCUCGUAAUCAAUGGCACAGGAACAAACUCGACCAACUCCACCACGGCUGUUCCCAGCUUGGUAGCACUUGAGAAAAUUAAUGUGGCAGCUCCUGAAGCCAGGCCAGCUGAUGGAAGUGCUGGCAGGAGUUUCGUCUCCAGGCUGAGAGCAGAGAUGGAGUCUGUUCCCAGAUGGCGAGGAACAGCUGGGCCAGUGGCGUGCACACAUAUCAUUAAUGGAGCUCAAGAAAAAUGUGUAUUGCCUCCUAUGGAUGGCUACCCCCACUGCGAGGGGAAAAUCAAGUGGAUGAAAGAUAUGUGGCGCUCGGAUCCCUGCUACGCAGACUACGGAGUGGAUGGGUCCACCUGCUCUUUCUUUAUUUACCUCAGUGAGGUUGAAAACUGGUGUCCUCAUUUACCUUGGAGAGCAAAAAAUCCCUAUGAAGAAGCUGAUCAUAAUUCAUUGGCAGAAAUCCGUACAGAUUUUAAUAUUCUCUACAGCAUGAUGAAAAAGCAUGAAGAAUUCCGGUGGAUGAGACUCCGGAUCCGGCGAAUGGCUGAUGCAUGGAUCCAAGCAAUCAAGUCCCUGGCAGAAAAGCAGAAUCUUGAAAAGAGAAAGCGGAAAAAAGUCCUUGUUCACCUGGGACUCCUGACUAAGGAAUCUGGAUUUAAGAUAGCAGAGACAGCUUUCAGUGGUGGCCCUCUUGGUGAAUUAGUUCAGUGGAGUGAUUUAAUUACAUCUCUGUACUUACUGGGCCAUGACAUUAGGAUUUCAGCUUCACUGGCUGAGCUCAAGGAAAUAAUGAAGAAGGUUGUAGGAAACCGAUCUGGCUGCCCAACUGUAGGAGACAGAAUCGUUGAGCUCAUUUAUAUUGAUAUUGUGGGACUUGCUCAAUUCAAGAAAACUCUUGGACCAUCCUGGGUUCACUACCAGUGCAUGCUCCGAGUCCUGGACUCAUUUGGCACGGAGCCAGAGUUCAACCAUGCUAACUAUGCCCAGUCUAAAGGCCACAAGACGCCCUGGGGCAAAUGGAAUCUGAACCCACAGCAGUUUUAUACCAUGUUCCCUCAUACCCCAGACAACAGCUUUCUGGGAUUUGUGGUUGAGCAGCAUCUAAACUCCAGCGAUAUCCACCACAUUAACGAAAUCAAAAGGCAGAACCAGUCCCUUGUGUAUGGCAAAGUGGAUAGCUUCUGGAAGAAUAAGAAAAUCUACUUGGACAUUAUUCACACGUACAUGGAAGUGCAUGCGACCGUUUAUGGCUCCAGCACGAAGAAUAUUCCCAGUUAUGUGAAAAACCAUGGCAUCCUAAGUGGGCGGGACCUACAGUUUCUUCUCCGAGAAACCAAGUUGUUUGUUGGACUCGGGUUCCCUUAUGAGGGCCCAGCUCCCCUGGAGGCCAUCGCAAAUGGAUGUGCUUUUCUGAAUCCCAAGUUCAGCCCACCCAAAAGCAGCAAAAACACAGACUUUUUCAUUGGCAAGCCAACACUGAGAGAGCUGACAUCCCAGCAUCCGUAUGCUGAAGUGUUCAUUGGCCGGCCCCAUGUUUGGACGGUUGACCUCAGCAAUCAGGAGGAAGUGGAGGAUGCCGUGAAAGCAAUUUUAAGUCAAAAGAUUGAGCCAUACAUGCCAUAUGAAUUCACAUGUGAGGGGAUGUUGCAGAGAAUCAAUGCUUUCAUUGAAAAACAGGAUUUCUGCCAUGGGCAGGUGAUGUGGCCGCCCCUCAGUGCCCUGCAGGUGAAGCUCGCUGAGCCCGGACAGUCCUGCAAACAGGUGUGCCAGGAGAACCAGCUUAUCUGCGAACCUUCCUUUUUCCAGCAUCUCAACAAGGACAAAGACAUGCUGAAAUAUGAGGUGAUCUGCCAAAGCUCAGAGCUGGCCAAGGACAUCUUGGUGCCCUCCUUCGACCCCAAGAACAAGCACUGUGUGUUUCAAGGUGACCUCCUGCUGUUCAGCUGUGCGGGCGCCCACCCCAGGCACCAGAGGGUCUGCCCCUGCCGGGACUUCAUCAAGGGCCAGGUGGCUCUCUGUAAAGACUGUCUAUAGCAGCCACUGACUCGGCCCCACACACACUCUGCUGGGGAAACGGUGGCCCCAACACCAUCGGGGCAGGGCCAGGGGGCAGACGUCAUUCAGGGACUCUCGCCAGAGCCUGAAUUUGAUGGUGGAAGGUUUCAAUUUGGUAUUGCUCCUUCUGUGGUCAGAGCACCAUGGCAGAGUUUUCCCCAAAAUGAAACAAGAGCAGAUGUCAAGUGGGGAGCCUGGCUUCUCGCUGGCACAACUUCAUUUUUUAUUUCUUGAGGAGACUGUGUCUAUGAGGCUGCUCCGAGGUAGAAGGAGAGUCUCAAGAUGCAUUUAAAACAGAACCAGAGGAGGAAUGGAGCUUGUCGGAAAGAACUUGAUAUGGGAACAUUCCUAAACCCAUUAACUUAUUUAUUUGGGUGGGUGGGAGGGGGAACAGGGGAGGGCAAAGAGGGAUUGAUCACAUGUCUUGUUUCUUUGAUUUCCCACUGUUUACUGUCCACCUUCACUGUAUUAUUAUUCCCGUCUGCUUCCGGAAGGAAGCAGGAGGGAGACAGGGUGCACUGUGGGGCUGGUGGCUCGCUUGAGGGCAGCUGCGGGGAUCUGGCUCCUCAAAGUGGAUGGUGGCAGAACAAAAGAAAAUCUUGUGUGUGCUUGACAGAUGGCAGCUAGAAGACGUGCACCUCCUGGGUGCGGGGACGUGCCUGUGUUGUUCUGAGAGCCCAGCCAGGGACCAAAGAUGGGGCUGCUUUGCAGUGAGAGCUCCUUUCCUUGACCCUCCCACUCGCCCAUCACACACACACACACACACACACACACACACACACACACCUCGGCCCUAAUUUCUGAUGAGGAUCUCUUUGGGAAAGAAGGAACACGACUGGGAAAUUGACAUUUGCUACUUUGUGGUAAAUCUACCCUCCCUUAAAUGCCACUGGAAGGAGGAAAGUACAAAAGGGGGACUAAAGGUCAUGCUUAUUUACCCCUAAAGAGGCUUAUCUGAGCUGGGGUGUGGACACCCGUGAAGCUGGCCCCUGAGAACCAGUUCCACCACCAGAGCUGUGCUCCAGACACAUGGACUGUGUCUAGUCCUUCUCAUGUCUCAUGUCACCGACAUCCCUGAAAUGAGGCUCUCAGUGGACCUGAUGUUGGCCAGGGGAAUAGGGCAGGCCAGGACGAAUGUGGUGGGCAGUGCUGGCCGCUUACCCUUGGGUGUGGGUGUGUGUGUCUUGCAUGGGGUUGGAGUCUGAUGCUGCCUCUUCCUCAAGGCGUGACUAUUCUGAGGGGCAUAUUCUGAGUUGGCAGGUUGGCCCCGUCCGUCAUUGGAUGCCCCUUCCAAACCCUGGAGUCCCCAGUCUCUGCCUUGGUGUGAGUUCCCCGCCCCCACCCAGCACUGUUUCAGUGCUCCGGCCAGAAGUGUGUGUGUUUCCUGUGAAGCUCCUGGCAUCUCCAUGCUGAUAACAAUGAGUCCUUUUCUCCCUCUUACAGAACAUCCCAGUUAUGAGCUGUGGUGUCAUCCAUCUAGCCCUCACUGGUGGUUUUGAGUGCCUUGGUCACCUACCACCGUGCUCCCCACCUCCCCCAGCAGUCCUGUGCUUCCUAGCCCACUCCCUGCCAUCUGAGACAGCCAGCCCAGCCUCGGCCAGACAGAACUGUUCGGCAAGGCUGAUGGCUGGGUGGGCCUUAGAGAAGUGAGCUAAAUCACAAGGAUCACACGGCAGGUGGAGCCUUUAGGUAGCGGAAGUUAGAUUGUGUCUGCUUCUCGAUUCUUCCCUAGUGCAGAAGUAAUAUCAAAUGCACAGCCAGCCUUUUUUUUCUUAGUCUAUCAGUGGGUCUGAAUUGUACCUCUGAUCCCAGAGAGUGAAGGGGGUGAGGCGGAGCAGCCAGGGUCUUCCCCACCUCUCAGGUGGCCCCUGAGCACAUGUGACAGACUUCUGAUAGGGAGACCUCUGCCCUGAGCGUCAGUGCAGGGGCCCCUCAGGAACUAGCAGAGAACAGCCUCUACCUGGGCCCAGCAGCAAGGGUAUAAGUCUAAAGGGAGUCUUGGUUAUAGGGUGUGAGUGUGUGUGUGUCUGUGUCUGUGAGUGUGCGUGCAUACGUGUGUGUGUGUUCCUGAAGUUUUGCAAGGGCAAUGCCUGCUGUGAGAGAAGCAACGGCCUUCUGUGUUGUUAGGAGCAGCUCUUCCCUAGGAAUGGGUCUCUUGGUUUCACCCUAGGUUGUAGGAAUUUGCUUGAGUUCCCAGGGCUGCAAUUCCUGGGCCAGUGCCGCCCUCUCCUGGGCUUUUGUGGGAGCUUCCAAAAGUGAAGAUAUCCUGCAGGCAUUGGACCAGCAGGGGGAGCCUACGGGCUGAGACCGAUUUCUCUAGCUCAGCCAGAUUAACCCAUUUUGCAGAGCUGUUUAAAUAAGCACAGGGACUCAGAAAACAAGGAAGUUGGAAGGCAACAUUCCCAGAAAGAUGCUGUGCCUGCAUGGUAUUCCAAAGGCUGCAGGGAUUUAUGGAUUUAUGGCUGUCCCGUUUGCUGAGCUCAGGGCCUCUCCGCCUCCCCAUUCCUCUCCUCUGUAUCAGGACUCAGGUCAAGCAGUCCAGCAGAGCACUUUAUUUCCUGCACUUGAAGAUCCCAGCUGCCCACCCCCCAGCCCAGUAGUGGCCGGAAGUAAGAAGAGUUCUGCAGGUGGGGAGCUGCUGCUUCCUGGGCAAACCCACACCCCAGCUGUCCAGGGCUUUAUGAACAGAGGCGGCAACACCCAAAUGUACAGCAGCUCCCAGGCCACCAGAAGCAUGGCCCAAGUCUCGUCUGUGACCCACAGGAGGAAAUUGGAGAGGGCAUCUCCAUCUGCACUGUGUGAAAGGGGCACAUUCCCUGGCUGCCCUGGGAGAGAAGGGUGCUUCUCAGAGUAGGAGCUGGGAGCCUUUGGUGGUUCUGCUACUGCCAAACUGAACAGAACCCUAAACCCAUUUUUAAUUGAUGAUUUCCACAGGGACAGAAAUCCCGAAUCAGGAUCAGUGUCUUCCUGUGUCCUAGGCACACCUUGCCUGGUCUGUAAGUUUUUGUAUGUUUUUUUUCUAAGUGAAAUUUGGCUUCCUGCUCCCCACCCCCCUGCAAUGUUAUCCUAAAUUCUUAAAAAAAAAAUGAGGAAAAUUUAAUUUAUUAAAAGAGAGAAAGCUUUCCUUUGAAACAUAAACACUUUGAGAAGUAAAACUCCUGAAAGGGGAAACACACUUACUUUAAUGCCAGUAAACACCUCAUGUAUCUCAUGUAUAUAGUUUGAUUUGCACAUGUACAAAUGGAGAUACUUUUUGCAUUUUUGCCUGGAUUGGGUUUUUGUCACUGCUUUAGUUGGCUUUUUUUGUGUGUGUUUGCUCUGUGUUUCGAAAUAUUAGGAAUCUGUUUCUUUGAUAUUUAUUGUUUUCACUUUUGAUGUGCCUUUUCACUUUUCUUUGGGAUUGGUUUUUAGAAUCUGGGUACCAUUUAAGGAAGAUCACAGACUCCUCCAGCUUAGAAGACACAUCCUUGUAUCACUGCAGAUGCGCAGGCUGGGCUCCAGAAAUGCCCUCCAAGCCCCCUGGACCACAGCAUAAAUGCCCACACACCCGUACGAGGCCACAGGAACCCUCAGGAGAAGGACUGGCUUCCUCCAGACCAGUCUGUGCCUCCCUGGCCGCUCCGGGUCUUUGGCUCCGAAGACAGCUGGUUGCCAGUGUGCUAGUGGGCCCGUGCUGCCUGCCAGCCAUUCCCUGGGUGAGGUCUGAGUUCAUGAGCAGCACUAGCCCCAAAACACUUUUUCUGAUCAUCAUAAAGGGAAAAGAAUAGGCACCCUUUUUGUUUCCUUAGGGAACACAGGGUUUAGUAAAGGUGAUGAAACCAUAUGCUAUGUACAGGUGCGUUUGUGCUUUUUAGACCAGACUGAGGGAGGCCACCCCAUUUCUCCAAGAUGGUUUACCUAGAUUGUGUAUAUAAUUGGGACAGUACUAGCCUCUUCCAUGACCCCCAAAUCCUUGAUUUAAAAAAAAAAAAAAAAAAAAAGUCUAUUUUGUUAACGACAGGCUCUGUUGUGUUACUGUUCCAAGCCUGGAUUGCUUUAUUUAUUUGAAAGUAUUUUAUUUUCCAUAUUGGCUUUGUUCUAAUCCCAUCCAUCCCGUAGGGCUGCAGCGCGCCCCCCAAGGGCAAGAGAUGGAUGGACAUAAGUAGAUCCAGACUUCUUUAGGAAGGUGGUAAUUUCCUAAAGCCGAGGGUGAGUUCCUUUCAUUCUUGUUGGCUUCAACAAAAACCGGAAACUCAAGUUUUUAUAGCAAAAGGCCAAAUUAGCUGUACAGUCUCAGAGGCAGAAAAAAAUUACCCUAGCUUUUGUAGCACCUAGGGUUUUUGUGAGGAUUCAGUGUUUAGCAGUGUCUGGCACGUAGUAAGCCCUCGUAAAUGUUAAGUAUUGUUAUUAUUAGCAUUUCAUAAAAUUUGAGAAAUAAGGAACUAAUACCUACAGGAAAAUACUAUUCCCAGUUGAUGGAAUGUGGUAGGAAUUACUGGUAUAGGUUAUCCAAGCCCCUUGCGUGCCUGUCCUGCUGGUUGAAAUGUUACUGAACGCACUGAUUUGCAAAUAUGCCUGACUUCAGCCCCAGAUGAAACUAGGCUGUAUGAAUGUGUAAACUGGAGAUGAGAAGGGUGACCCACAUGCUGGACUUCACCCCUCUGGUGUCUUCUGGACCAUUCCAGGGUUCUUCUCUGCAGAACUUUUUGAGCUAGAAAUUAAAAAUAAGUUCUCUAACAGACUCUACCCCUUAAAUCAAGCUUAACUACAUUCCUCUGAAAUGAAAUAAUAAAGACUUUCUGUGUUGUUAUUUACGGAGAAAGGAAUGACCAAUUGAACACUUUCUCAUCCCCCAGGAAGUCCCUUUGCUGUUCCCUGCCGGCCAGGGUGGCUCCUUCACAGUCCAACCCACAGGGAUCAGACCCUGGGCUGGUUAGCUGCCAUGUGUUUGUUCUGGCCCCAGUCCCCGAGAAGACUCACCUCCCCUCCAGGCCAGCUCAGCCUGGGGACCCCCAAGACUGACCAAAAAUGGAGCCAUGGGGCAUGAAGGGGUGGCAGGGGAGGGGGGGGUUAGAAUCACUCCUGAGGGCUACUGCGUUUCAGUGGUGUUUUCCCAAUACACCUCUGUCAGUUUGCUUUUUGUUUUAUUGGGUUUUUAGUCUCUCUCUUCCUUGAUUUAUUAGAGUUUUGUCUUUCUUGGCACUAUUCUGGAUAGACUGCAAUUGGGAAUAUGGAGGAAUUUGCUGGAGUGUAGGGUUUUUCUAGGUUCCUUUGGAUGCUUUACUGAAUCAGCAGUCCUGUACAUCUUUGGGUAUAAGAUUGGAAUUUACCUUCUUAAAAGCAUCGUUCCCUUUACCCCAGAUUCUUUGGCGCCUUAGGACCAUUCCCACCCUCCCCGUGUGUUGAGGCACAGCAAAGGGCAGCUGUGUGCUCCUGUGGUGGGGGGCCCAUGUCUGGGGGGGGGGGUGGCAGGGCUGGUAGCGGGCACUCAGGUGGGCAGUGCCACGGGCCUUGAAAGCCUUGCUGGCACCGGAGGAUGGGAACUUAGCAGAGUCCACCACCUCCUCCAAUGCCAAGGUGGGACAGACCUGGGAAGCAUUUUGCUGUCAUGCCCAAGUAUUAACAGGACAAGAGCAGGAUAAUCGAUGCCAAAGGAGAUGGUGAUACCCCUUCUACUGUAGUUGCUGUCAUAACCUUGACGUCCUUAAGCUAACGGCCGUUUGCGUCUGUGUCCCCAAACAGCUCCUGGUACCAUUUUCUACUGUUCACUUCUGGGGUGACGUAGUGCAGGAUUCUACAAAUAAGGUGUCGCUGUCCAAGUGUACUGUACCGGCAUAGAGAACACUGCUUUGUUUUCCACUGUUGUAGAGAAAACUAGGGAGAACUUUAUUUUUCAAUAAACUUUUGUUGUGUGA